CACUAUCCACAAACACUUGUUUCUUGUUCUCUUCUGGCACAUUACAACAAUGGGUUUUCGCUUACCUGGAAUUAGAAGAGCUUCAUCUUUAAAAUCAGGAGAAUUUCCAAAGGGAUACCUUGCAGUGUAUGUUGGAGAAAAAAUGAAAAGGUUUGUGAUCCCCGUAUCGUACUUGAACAAGCCUUCAUUUCAAGAGUUGCUGAGUAAAGCUGAGGAAGAAUUUGGGUUUGAUCAUCCAAUGGGUGGCCUCACCAUUCGCUGCUCAGAAAAUGUCUUCUUGGAUAUCACUUCUAAGUUCUAACUUCAACGGGUGUUGGCUUGGAGAUAAAUUAGAUUAACAAAGAUAAGUCAACGAUACAGUUUUGUAAAGAUCAUUUCUCUUUCCUCUUUUCCCUACUUGGGAAGGAAAAUUGUACAUAAUG